CCGGAAUCUUUUGUUUCUUUACGGUCACAAUCCCCCAAAAAAAAAACUCUCCCACGGGCAUUGUGGCAUACGUUUACCCGAUGUUGCCUUCCCAUUCUAUCAGUUUUGAUAAAUGUAUACAUCACUAUUUAAAAAAAAGUAACGCGUUGUAUCCUUCAUCUCUUUUAAAUUUAUUUUUAUACUUCAUGCCAAAGUAUUACCUAGAGUGGAAAGAACGAUACUUGGACUGGAAUCAACAAGCUGCGUUUAUGCCUGAAUCCCACAUGUGGUACAAAACUAGCAAUUUAAUUUACUACUUACAUCAUUUACGACAUUUCAUUAUCAAGGAAGAAGGUAGCUUUCUGGCCUUACAUCACGAACCUAUCCCCGCUACCGAAUUUGUCCGUUUUCCAGAUGACGGAAGUUACAUGUGUGAAGGGAUUGGUGAUUGGAACAUUCAUCUAGACAUGAUACUGCUGUGUUUAAAUAUAUUGUUAGAGGUAAAACCAGUCGAAGAAAGCUGUUUCCAGAAUUUGAUUGAUGUAGAGCUCAAGAUGCUAGAGAAAGUGAAUGUGUUAUUGCAGUGUACUACGCAAGAGCGUAAUUUAAUGACGCGACAAAAGUUUGAAGCCAUGUAUAACUUGACGUGGGGGGGAUAUCCUGCUCUUGACUAUAAAUCCAUGCCUGUAGUGGUGGUUUAUUUUGCCGAACGUGUAGAUAUAGUAUGUCGUACAGUUGUACGCUACAAGCAUCGUUUCCUAAUGUGGCACUAGGCUGUGACUUUAUUUUUCACAAGGGAUAAAAAAUAAAAAUUUUAUCUAUUUUUUUUUUUUUUU